AUGUCUUCUAGCCUCAGUACAAUGAACUUUGAAAACGACUUGAGGGCAGAACUGAAUAGAAGAAUGAGAGCAGCAUGGGCAGCAUUCGCAGCCGUCAGGGAUGCUACGCAACAACUGACGGACCAAGAUCUUCGUGCCCAUCUGUUUGACGCGACAGUCUUUCCAGCGCUCUGUUACGCAGCGGAGACGUGGGCAGACACCGCGGCCACGUCUAGGAAGCUACUUACUAUUCACAGAGCCCUUGAGAGAUUUCUCCUGAAGUUUAAUCGGCGCACACAACACCUAGCCGGUCUGCGUAGCUCCGACUUAGGAGGAAUGUCCCGUCUUCGCGACCCAGCGGAAUAUGUAUCGAAAGCAAAACAUAGAUGGGCCGGUCACAUCAUGAGAAGAAUCGACGAUAGAUGGACUAAAAGAACGCUAGAGUGGAUCCCAAGGGACGCCAAACGCUUCCGAGGGAGACCGCCAACGAGAUGGGGUGACGUGUUCGCUACACGGAUGGACCAGCUGAGAGCUCAGCUGGAUACGGCUCAAGGACCUCGUCAACGUCACUCACGAAGCUUGAGAACAUCUUGGACGACAAUGGCGGAGGAAGGAAACGAGUGGAAGAGAUGCUGGGGCCCGCACGUCCAGUGA